AUGGCCUUAUGUAUACGCUAUUGUAAAGGGCUAGACAUUUUUGAAAAGUUCAUUGGUUUCAUUAACUGCUCUGAAAGUCAAAAUGCUCCAUCUCUUUGUGAAUAUAUACUCAAAUACUUGAAGGAAUGUGGAUUAAACUCUAAUGCUAAACUGGUAGCCCAGUCUUACGAUGGAGCUAGUGUUAUGUCUGGGAGAUUUAAUGGUGUACAAGCUUUAAUAAAAUGUAAAUUUCCAUAUGCUAUUUAUACCCAUUGUAUGGCUCAUAGAGUCAACCUUGUAGUGCUUGAUAUGUGUAAAACUGAAAAGGAAUCAAGAAAUGUUUUUCAUACAUUAGAGUCAUUAUAUGUUCACUUUUCUCAACCAGCGAGAAAUAAAAAUCUCAUUGACAUUCAAAAAAAAUUAGGUAUUGAAAAAAAGACUUUAACACGACUGAGUGACACAAGAUGGAACUGUCGAUAUAAAAAUUGUGAAGCUUUACAAAAAUGUUAUGCUUCUAUCAUAAGAUUAUUAAAAGAAGAAAUUGAAAACAAUAAUGAUAAAGAUGUUAACGAAGCAAUAGGAAUUCUGACCAAUAUGCAAAAAGGAAUAUUUGUAGUUCAUUUAUUUAUUCUUCAAAAGGUGCUUACUAUGGUUAAUAUAUUAUCAAAUCAACUUCAGUCAUAG